AUGCUGAUAUUUAUACCGUAUAGCGCAGACCAUAGUACCUCGGGUAUAAUACAUUCCACAGGCAAAAUUCAAGUUAGUACCCAGCAUUAUAAUGAUAAGGAUAUUAAAUCUUUUUCUAAAAAGGAAAAUAAAAUUACAACAUUAGAUGAAGCUACUGAAUUGGAUGAAGUUACAGAAUUGGAUGAAGAUAUAGAAAUAGAUAAUACUGGUACAUAUGAAGCUUCAAAAGAUGAGGAAAACAAAUAUUAUGCUGAUGAGAAUGAAUCUGUUAACCAUUUAGUAGAAUCUCAAGAAAUCAAUAUUCUUAAAAAUAAUCUUGAAAAUAUUAAUUUAGGUGAAGAUAACGAAGAGGAUAGUGAUUUAGAAUAA